AGCGCUAAUCGCAAGCCACGUUUGCUGAACGCACAACAUUGGUCACGUUUGCCGAUAUCGGAUGCUGAUAACGUCGGUGAAACAAUCGGACUGAUUGAAGCCGAAGAUCCUGACGGAGAUCAACUCUGGUGGACGAUUACGGCUGGCAAUUUGAAUAGCACGUUCGCGAUUAGGUGCGAUGCAGGAGAGCUGGUAUUGGCUAGACCACUCGAGUAUGUGGAUUUUAAUCUCACUGAAUUCCAUCUGGAGUUCAGUGUUAGUGAUGGAAUCGACGAGGCUACUGGCAAG